GCGGGGCGGGGUUUGGGGUGACCGGUGAUCGCUGAGCAGAUCAUGAGCGGGAGCACGGCAACGCUGCAAAGGGGAGGUGUGGUGACGCAAGUCACGAAUUUGGAUGCUAUGAACAAUGCGGCGGGGGACAUGUGCCGGCUGUUGACACUUCCAAUCCUUCUCGACCAGUGGCGGAGAGGAGUGGCCAUGCAACGCCCGCGCAGGGGCAGCGGGAAGAUGCUGGCGAUGUGCCUGCCGCGGCGGUGCUCCAGCAACCAUCUCCAUUUGCCCCCGCCACGGGAGCCGGGGCAGGCACAUGGCCGACUGGCCGCAGACGUGGCCAUCCUCCAGCCGCAACGUCCACGUCGGCACAGGCCGGAGGCUGCGCGGAUGGAAGCACUGUCAUGCAGGGCACGGAUGCAGGAGGCGUUCGUGGCAGGGCAGCGCGAAGACGAUGCUCUUAUGGCGGAUGCGUCGAGUGUGCACAAGCUGAAGAAGCAUGGGGAAAGACGGGAGUGGAUCGCCCGUCGGAUGAGGGAUGAAGGGUGGAAUCGAUCUGCGGAAGACUGUCGGAAGAAGUGGUUCGCGUUGGGGCAGAAGUUGAAGGUGCUCGCAGACAAGGUGGGUCGGUCUGGGAAGCCAGGAUACUUCGACAUGAUAGUAGAAGAGAGGGAGGCGGAGGGGCUGUACGCCAACUUCGAUCGGAGGUUGUGGGCGGAGAUGGACUGGAUUCUGCAAAAGCCGUCGGGGACCUGUGACAACACGCUGUACUCGGACUCUCUCAAUGCGAAGGACUGGGACAAUUCGGCAAGAGGAUCAAGUGAUAGAGGAGGUUCGGAUCAGGAGCGGUCUGAUGGCAACGCCAGCGCCGGUAAGACGAGACGCACGUUCAGUGGGAGGGUGAACGAUGGGGAUGGGCCUUCGUCCAUGUCAGGGAUGAGUGUGGCACUUGCAGAAUCAACGCGGGUGUACGUCGACGGGCUGGACAGGGCGGCAACGAUGAUAGCAGAAGCACAGACAGCGGGGGCAACAAUGGUCGCAGGGAGGCUCGGUGACAUGGCCACGCAGAUCGGGGCAGUGGCCAUUGCCAUGAUAGAAGGCAACGCUGUCCUUCAGCUGCUAGUGGGUGUGAUGGCGAGCCGGGGCCCAAGGGGACCCAAUAGCCCUCGCGAGGCUCGGGGGGGUCGUGACAACGACCCGUCUUCCCUGUGACGGCUUUGGAGGACAGCCUGCCUGCGAUGCACAUCCUGAA